GUAAAAUCUUCCCUAUAACAAAUGUUAAUAGUCCAUUUACAGUAAGAAGGAUAUGGCUACUAUAGUGACCUCCAAGUUCAUCCUCGGUUGUGAAUAAUCGCCGACAAAAUAGUUCAAUGUAAUUCUGCGUAGUGCACAUUUUUGCAGUAAUUAAAUAAAGGGUAAAAUUUAAACAGUGCAGAACGGAACGCGUCAGACCAAUCCACCUGCAGAGGAUGAAAUACAUCAAUACAUCACUCAUAGUGCGGCAGUAUCAUCAGCAGAAAGGAUGCUAUAUUAACAGGGAAGGUUUACAGCAACGUAAUGCCACUGAUGACUGAAGUUGAGUAAAAUAACGUUUGUGUAUACAAGUGCGAUAAAUAUAACACCCAGUUAGCCUGACGAUAAACCUCACUGAGCCGACUGGAGCUUGUUUCGCCUCGCUAUCAAUCGCUGGCGACGCAGUAAAAGGACAGAGACAACAGUCUGCAGAUGCUAACACCUGGAACAAGGUUCACCGUCCACUUCCCUCCAUAGACGCUGCCUGAGCCCGGAGCGAUGGCGUGCCCGAUUCGCGGUGGCACCAGGCGGAAGUGUCCGAGGGAACCUCUCGGUGGGACACCGAGCGGAAGUAGCGUGCAGUCGGCCGGCGAGAUGGUGCAGACGCGGAGCGGCCGGCGGACUCUGGUCUCCUUGGAAGCGGUACCUGGAACACCGGCCAGUCAAAGGAAGGGCAGGAGUAGGAGGUCUGAAGCUAAUACAGAAAGCUGUACUGAAUCUGAAUUCAACAACAAAGUACGAGAGAAAGAGAAACGCGUUGUUUGGGCUAAAUCGCAACCCAGUCCAGUGCAGCCAGGAGAAAGCCGAUUCGACGACAUAGAAGAUGAGGCUAAAACCAAGAAGGAAAAUUUGACUGAAGUUGAAGGUUUCAAAAUUGGUAUUGAAAUAACUAAAGAGGAUAAGUCGUCGUCCAGUCCAGUCCAGUCAAAGGAGCUCAGCAAUGAAUUGGAAUGCGAUGAUUCUAAUAUAGAAAGUAAUGUAGACUCGGAGACCAAGAUACAUGAAACUGGUGAUAAAAUAGACCAAAAGACAAAUAAUCAAGAAAAUAAAGGAGGCAGUUUAGUUUGCAAGACUCCCGAUGUUAUCAGUUUACAGCUUAGCAGUGAUGAAGACCAAAAUAGUCUGCCUGAUGGCAACAGUGACGUAGAAUCCAGCAGGGAUGCUAUUCCUGGACAGUCUGCCAUUCCUUCUGUAACAGCAGGAAGUCCUUCGGAAAAGGAUAGCAACCUCUUUGUAAUUGACACACUGCCUGGAAUAGAUCAAGAAAGAAAAUUUUAUUUGGACUCGAGUGGAAAAGAGGAUAGUGAGGAAAGUGAGGCAGAAACUGGGGACAGAGGCAAAGAAUCAGAAGAAGAGGAUGAAGAUGAUUUUAUCGACGAAGAAGAGGAUGAAGAGGAAGAAGAGGACAUUUUGAACACCAAGUCCAGACUAAUAGACUCUUCAACCAGUAUUGAUACAGGACUAAAUCUCAAGGCACUAGGUGGCCUUUACAUAAAUUUUAAUGCUGACAAGCGUACCAAUUCCAAAGACAUAAAAAAUCUUAAGGAUCAAAAUGAAAAAGAUGAGCUAUUAAAAAAUAGCAUCCUUACACCAGAGUUUGAAAAACAAGAUAAUGUUCCAGCUCUGAAGGUGUCUGAACGCCAACUGAAAAAACAGCGCAGGAAAGAGCGUGCAAAGACGGCAGGGGACAGUUGGUAUAACAUGAAAGCUCCUGAUUUAACAGAUGAAUUGAAGAUGGAUCUACAGGUCUUAAAAAUGAGAGCUGCCAUUGACCCUAAACGCUUCUACAAGAAGAAUGACAGAGAUGGCUUCCCUAAGUAUUUCCAGGUUGGUGAAGUUCUGGACAAUCCAGCAGAUUUCUAUCAUUCUCGAUUACCUAAGAAGCAAAGAAAACAGACGAUGGUGGAGGAGCUGCUGGCGGAUGCACAAUUCCGACGAUACAACAAGAGAAAGUACCAACAGAUCAUGACAGAAAGGGCAGCACUUGCAGCAGGCAAAAAGUACCAUAAGAAGAAGAAAUUUAAAAAAUAAAACCUGAAGAAAAACAUGCCUAAUUCUCGAUAUAUUUUCAUAACCAAUAAUACAUUAAAAGGUUAAAAAAGUGACUGUGCUACCAACUCCUAUUUCCUCCCCAUUUAUAAAAGCAAACUAGCUAAAUUAGCUACAGGCAAUUUUAGAAAUGAAAACUAUUCAGCAGUGCUGAAAUAUGUAUCAUGAAUGAAUUUCCAGCCUCAAGAAAUGAAGAUAUGUCAAAAGUGAUAAAGAAACUUCAUAAGUCCUAUUUAGAUUUGUAAUCAUGCAAUAUUGUUAAUUAAUUUGUAGAUGCAGCUAACCUUUGUGUGUGUGUGUGUGUGUGUGUUCAGCAGAUGUUGAAUACAGACAGUCAAGAGCAGGAUUCUUUACAACAUUUCUGUAUGAGUUCUGAGCACUCUGUGUGCCAGGAAUUCCUUCUUGUAAUUGCCCUGGUGUACAUUAUUAGCUUUCUGAUCUUAAUAUGAAACUUGGAUGAUAUAAUGGAAAACAUUUUAAAUUAAUAUGCAAAAGUUAUUUCUAGUCGAACUAAAUACAUAUUGUACAACUAAGUACAAUACUGUGGAUUGACUGGCCCCAGAUGUGCCAGCUUCUUUCUUUGUAUUUCUGGCCUCAGUACAUGCUACGUGACAAAACCUCUCCGAACCUACUACACAUAUUGCAGUGGGGUGGCAAAAUCCAGGCCAUGCAAGUCUCCUUGAUUACAUGGCUGACCUUCAGCCAUGCUUAUGUAACAAGCUUCAAAGAGACCCAACAUGUCUCUCCCACUCCCUAAAAGAAACCUUAGUGAAGAUCCUCAUACUCAUAUUAGCAACUAAAAUUAGCCAAAUAUUUAGUGCUAUCACUGAGAUUGCGUUUAAUGAGAGCACUGAAUGAAUUUGGCUAAUUGUUGACAUACACAGGCAUUGGUGCUAGGUGCAGCCAGCACUGUUGCCGUCCAGCUAUCAAACAGCCAUUGGACACCACCAUUCUGGCUCACCUGAGGACCAUAUUCUGCAUAGGUGAAUCAUUUUGUAGUAGGGACGAAGUUUACAACACAGUUCAAAACAAUUUGCCCCAAUUAAACAAGUUUUUUUGGGGGCUGCAAGUCAAAUAAUGCAAUAGAUUUAUUUGAAAAUGCAACUGGAAUAAUCAGCAAAACAGACUCAAUGAGCUUAUAUUUUUGGAAAUGCACAAAAGGAUUCUUUUUACUAUGUAAGAUGUAAUUAAUGAUUAGGAGCUUGAUUUAGUAUCCAGGGAAUGCAGAAAUCAUUCUUUGGUCAUAAGCCAUAAAAAGAUAUUUAUGUUAACCAUUAAAAUGUAACAUGUCUUAAAGAUCAUACUUGUGGGAUAAAGUGAUUUAUUA